CUUCAGAGCUACGCGGCGGCUGAGCGGAGGCCUCGUGCCGUAACGGCCAUCGCGGCGGCCGCGGCGGCGUCCCGGUGCCCUCUUCAGUGCAGAAGCUACUGAAAAAUGGCAGAAGAAGUCGUGGUAGUAGCCAAAUUUGAUUAUGUGGCCCAACAAGAACAAGAGCUGGACAUCAAGAAGAAUGAGAGAUUGUGGCUUCUGGAUGAUUCUAAGUCCUGGUGGCGAGUUCGAAAUUCCAUGAAUAAAACGGGUUUUGUGCCUUCUAACUACGUGGAAAGGAAAAACAGUGCUCGGAAAGCAUCGAUUGUAAAAAACCUAAAGGAUACGUUAGGCAUUGGAAAAGUGAAAAGAAAACCUAGUGUGCCAGAUUCUGCAUCUCCUGCUGAUGAUAGCUUUGUUGACCCAGGGGAACGUCUGUAUGACCUCAACAUGCCUGCUUAUGUAAAAUUUAACUACAUGGCAGAGAGAGAGGAUGAAUUGUCAUUGAUAAAAGGGACAAAGGUGAUCGUCAUGGAGAAAUGCAGUGAUGGGUGGUGGCGGGGUAGCUACAAUGGACAUGUUGGAUGGUUCCCUUCAAACUAUGUGACUGAGGAAGGCGACAGUCCUUUGGGUGACCAUGUGGGUUCUUUGUCAGAGAAAUUAGCAGCAGUCGUCAGUAACCUAAAUACUGGGCAAGUGUUACAUGUGGUACAGGCUCUUUACCCAUUCAGCUCAUCCAAUGAUGAAGAACUUAAUUUUGAGAAAGGCGAUGUAAUGGAUGUUAUUGAAAAACCUGAAAAUGACCCUGAGUGGUGGAAAUGCAGGAAGAUCAAUGGAAUGGUUGGUCUGGUGCCGAAAAACUAUGUUACCAUUAUGCAGAAUAAUCCAUUAACCUCAGGUUUGGAACCAUCGCCUCCACAGUGUGAUUACAUUAGGCCUUCACUCACUGGAAAGUUUGCUGGCAAUCCAUGGUAUUAUGGGAAAGUCACCAGGCACCAAGCAGAAAUGGCAUUAAAUGAAAGAGGGCAUGAAGGUGAUUUCCUCAUUCGUGAUAGUGAAUCUUCGCCGAAUGAUUUUUCAGUAUCACUAAAAGCACAAGGGAAAAACAAGCAUUUUAAAGUCCAACUAAAAGAGACUGUCUACUGCAUUGGGCAGCGUAAAUUCAGCACCAUGGAAGAACUUGUAGAACAUUACAAAAAGGCACCAAUUUUUACAAGUGAACAAGGAGAAAAAUUGUAUCUUAUCAAGCAUUUAUCAUGAUACUGCUGACCAGAAGUGACUGCUAUACAGUUGUAAUUCGUCAUGUAAUUGAAGACAGAGAAAAUAUCAGUCCAGUCAUGCUUGAUUGGAAAUUGCUGUUUCUAACUCUAUAUGAAAAUUGACUAUAAUACAUAAGUAUUUUUAUUAUAACUCAGUCCAUACAUAUAUACUACAUAUGCCAAACAUCUGCAUAGAGCAAUUCCUUAUCCUUGGUCUUUUGUUUUAUUGUUUUUUUUGCUCUUUUUCUCUUUGCUUCUAAUAUUAAGGUUUUAUAUUUUGAAAAAAUGAUGCAGAUCGAAAGUCUUUAUAUGGAAGAAUUUCCUUAUUGCCUUUCCUUUAUUUCCUUGUAAGGGCACCACCUUAGUUAUUUCUGCAAUGGUUCUCUUCAUAUAAAAUUAUUAUAUCAGUUAUAUCAAUAUAUGGCAUAUGCUAAAAUAAAUUUCUUGGAGAGUUGUUAAUCUUUUCUGUGACUAAAUAGCAAUAAU